UCAUGUUAUAUCUACCAGAAGCACGCCGCCGGCCGAUCACUACACGGAUAUGAACCUAGGAGAAGUCGGAAACACCACUUAUGAAUCACCUCUCGGACUUUCCGGUAAGCAUAAUCCUUUGCACAAUGAAUCUUCAAAUGCAAACGAUCGUGCAUCGGCAAUGUACAUGGAUAUUGACAACCCAGCAAAUGAGCAAUCGGAACGAGUUACCCAAGAGAGCCUAGGCGCGAUGGAUAGUGUCUACAACAGUAUAGACGAGUAUUCUGGAGACCAGGGCUAUGCCAAGGCUAAAGACCCACCAGUACAUCCUUCGUUACACCCUGCCACGCUUGACGACAUCACUACAGCGUCAGCUAACUACUUUGUCUUGGAAAAAGAAGAAGAUAAGUCCGAUGAUACAAUCCCGACAGAGGAUUAUUUCGUUCUCGAAAAGGACGAAAAUGGAAUCACAUCAAAUCCUGAUAUCACUCAUGAAGAUAAAGGAAUCGUGAACGGCAACAAAUCAGACAGUCGUUUUAUUCUAGAACAACAGGAGGAUCAACAAAUCCCAGACAGACUAUCAGGUGACAAUUAUUUCUCGCUCGAAAAGGAAAUGGAAGGAAACACAAAUGAAGAUAUCCCAAUUGAUGGUACAUAUAGCAUAUUAAACAAGGAGAUAAACUCGGAAAACACUGAUGACUACUCACACGCGAGAGAAGUCUGUAGUUCACAAGACGGUGCGUCAAGGGAGGGAACUGUCGACAGUGAGGACUAUGAUGAGUUAUUUCAGAGACCCAGCGGCAAUCUAAUGCACGAUUCUGAUGACGAUUAUGACCACAUGAACAACGACGAUCAUUUGACUUCCCUGUAAUGAAUGAAGUGUGUAGUGGUGACUUUUGACUGUCCAUUACCAUGCAGACUUCCUGCCAAUAUUGGGCUUUACUUUCAGUAUAUUAGAAUUCCAUAACUUAACUUAGGAGUUAUCUCCCAUUUGUACGUAUUUAUCAAUUGUCUCGUGGAAACGUUAUCUGUGCUAUAUUAGACACCAUACAUACAAAUCUAAUAAGACAUAGAUAAAGAAAUCUGUAUAUAUAUAUUGUAUAGGAUAUUGAUUUGUAAGUGCAUACUGUACCUAUAUUUGCCCCGAAUGUUAAUGUAACAGUUCCCAUUUUCAGUGAUACAUAAUAAUAACCCCUGGGUCGAGGUUCUCUAGGCAUGUUUAUCACUCGUCGUAUAUAAAAUAAUUAGAAAAAAUGCAUUGUAAAUACUCAAAACCUAUAUAUUGAUUAAAACCCUGUAAAUACACGAAACAUGUAUAUUGAUUAAAACCCUGCAAAUACACUAAACAUGUAUAUUUAUCAGAGGUUUCGCUUUCACUCACGUACAUACACCACGAGACGUUAAGCGAAGGGAAACAACACUUAUAAGGAAAAUGACCAUUAACCUACGAUAUAAGAUAGAUAAUUAUACUCAUAUUUAGCUUUAUUUUCAUCAGAACCUUUAAAUUACUAUCAAUUAUAAUGUACAGUAUAGUAUCUGUUGAAAGACCACACAGACUAUUCAGCGUAAUUAAACUAUUAAAUAAUUUAUAAUGAAAAAUAGUUUUUAACUUAGAAUAAUCAACCCCACUUAAAAAAAAUACUGAACUAACCCCACAUCUAUGGUGUAGAGGUUUAGUUAAUCAUAUAUUCUGCCUCAAAGGGAAUAUGACCUGUCCCAUCAACGCCAAAAGUCGGUCUGCAUGCGUAGAGGUACAGGUGUCCCUAGUAAGGCAAAUGAUUGGUCAGUCUCAGUUCAUAGAGGUACAGGUGUCCCUAGUAAGGCAAAUGAUUGGUCAGUCUCAGUUCAUAGAGGUACAGGUGUCCCUAGUAAGGCUAGUGAUUGGUCAGUCUCAGUACGUAGAGGUUCAGAUGUCCCUAGUAAGACUAGUGAGUGGUCAGUCUACGUACGUAGAGGUACAGUUGUCCCUAGUAAGACUAGUGAGUGGUCAGUCUACGUACGCAGAGGUACAGGUGUCCCUAGUAAGACUAGUGAUUGGUCAGUCUCAGUUCGUAGAGGUACAGGUGUCCCUAGUAAGACUAGUGAGUGGUCAGUCUCAGUACGUAGAGGUACAGGUGUCCCUAGUCAGUAGACGGUUCAGGCUAUUGAGAGGUCAGUCUCAGGUCACAUGUCAUAACAUGCACAGACAGACAGGUAUGCACGAAAACGUAUCUCACGAUUCACAAUUACAUGACAUUUACAGACACCAUUAAGGUAGUCUAAUACAAUGUACAGCGAAAUAUGAUUAAUGAUACAAUGAAAUACAAUCAAAAACGUACUGUACUGGACUGUGGAAUAUGUUACGAGUUUUUUCCUUGACUCUCUUUAGCUCGAUCGGUUGAGUGGAAGACUAGUACGCUAGAGGUCCAGGGUUCGAUUCCUAGCGGGAGCAGUGAUUUAAAUUUAAUUAAACAUGCGCUCUGUUACAUGUACAUUUUUGACCAUGUAGGGACACUGGAAAAUACUCAUCCUCGCUCCACAAGCAUCGUUGUUACCCAAGAAAACUCAAGGACGAGUUGAGGGGAAAUAUGUAACCCUGGUAAAUACACGCAAUAUACGCUCGGUUACCGCUCACUUUAGCUCGAUCGGUUGAGCGUAAGACUAGAAAGUAAGAUGUCCCGUAUUAGAUCACUAGUGGAGGCAGUGAUCUUAAUUGAAUUAAUCAUGCGCUCUGUUACAUUAGUCUUUAAGAAUCACAUGGUCUGUGUCAAGCAUGAGAUAUAUAUAUAUAUUGCAAUAAUAAUAUUGAUUGAUGUUACUAUUAUAUUAUAUUAUUGCUUUGUUCAUUCUCCUGUGGCCAAUUUAACAUUUUGUAUAUAUGUUAAUAUCCUGUAGAGGUCUAUAUCAUAUGUUUACACUGAUGAGUCGUAAGACUCAAAGUGAUAAAUGAACCUGAACUUGAACUUGUUUACAGAUACUGUAUAUAUAGGUGUUACUCUUAGAUCUUAUAUGUAUUAAUCAACAUGUUACUCCAUGGUUUAAUUGAAAUAAAUUUAUCUUAGAUGUAUCAACUGUUAAUCAACAUGUUACUAUUUCGUUUAAUUUGAAUUGAUUUAUAUCAUAUGUAAUUACUUUUUGUCAACGUGUUAAUGCACGGUUUAUUUUCAUGGUUUAAAUUUACAAUGCAUAAUGCUGUUAUAUUGUUCUUGACUAUGAAAUCAACAAUGGCAUGGAAUCUUCCCUUGUCAGCCAUUCAUUGAGAAUCUAUUUCUGUCACAGAUUUUUUUUAUUCUUGUACAAAAUCUGAAAAGCAUACAUAACAAUCUACUUAAUUAUUCAGACGCUACAAUGUUUUGUUUAUCAGGAUGUACAAUAUAUUUGUAUAUUGAUGUAAAUUGUCAUUUAUGUGAUAUAAAAACGCUUUUCACUAACAGAAGAAUAAAUAAAAUUUGUGAAUAAUUAA